AUGCGAAAAAUAUUAAUAGUUGCUUUAUUGUUAUGUAAGUGUUUCGCUUUAAUAGAUCUUAGAACUGAUGAUCAGAACAAUGAUGGCAAAGAUCCAAAUUAUAUUACAGAUAACUUCGUCGCACUCGCGACUCGAUCCGGCAGUUACGACUAUGAAGAUGGUGAUGGAAACAAAAGACAUUCCAUUAUAGAUGACAGAAGGAAUUGGAGGAAGAAAGCCUUGCUUAAACCAUUAGAAGACCACAAAGACUAUGAUAGAUGGCGGUAUGAAUAUGAGAACCAGAGAUAUAUGGAUGAACAGGAUCAGAAGACAUACAAUUUACCUGAAAGACCAAGAGAUCGAGAUAGAGAAAGAGACAGAGAUAUCGACAUGUCAAGCCCAUACAGGGGGGCUGGAACUCGUGGAAAUCUUUAUGACAAUGAUAUUAGUGGGCCCCAAAAUAUGAAAAACAUCGAGAGAGACAACCAUUCGCCUACUUACAUGGAGAAAGACUCUGAAAAAAAGAGAGACAUGAAUUGCGAGAGACCACAUGAAAGGUACGAGGCCUGUUUCGCUGGCUGUGCUUCUGUAACGUGCGACAACCCGCGGGAUCGGCUGCGCCCCUGCUACCCGUUUUGCGAGUCAGGCUGUAUCUGUGUACAUCCGUACGUGCGAGAUGACAGGACGCACAAAUGUGUCCUACCUGAAGAUUGUACCAAAGGACUGAAAGGAAUUCCUGACCUCGGUGAAGAUUUAUAA